AAAAAUAUUAUCGAAAUAAACGAAUUUCUUGUCGGGCGGAACCAAGACCGUCUGUUUUGCUAUAAAUAGACCCCCAAACCCCGUCUCCCUUCCUUUCUCUCCUCAGGACUCUCUCUCUCUCUCUCUCUCAAUCUCAAUCUUUGCUUAUUUGGAGCGGUACGCCGCACGGUGAGACAGACGGACGAUGGCGGUGGAGACGCUGCGGCUGAGGAAGGAGGGCUUUGCGACCGGGGAGAAGGAGCCACCGGCUGCUGCGGCGGCGGCGGCGGGAGCGGCGGGGGGACAGGGGAAGGAGGCGCAUUUCCGGGGGGUGAGGAAGCGGCCGUGGGGGAGGUUCGCGGCGGAGAUUAGGGACCCAUGGAAAAAGACGAGGAAAUGGCUGGGGACCUUCGACACGGCGGAGGAGGCGGCCCGGGCCUACGACGAGGCCGCCCGCAACCUCCGCGGUCCCAAGGCCAAGACCAACUUCGGCUACUCCGCCGACGCCAGCGACAUCCCGUCCUCCAGCGCCGUCACCGUCGCCGCCGCCGCCUACCCGGCGGCUAGCUGGGACCUCCAGCAGUGGCGAUCGGCCUACCCAGGGCCGCCGGACGGGCGGGAUCUGUUCCUGGGGCCCCCGGCGGCGGGCGGAUCCGAUUUCUCCGGGUACCGGUUCGAGGCGGUGGAGGUGGUGGUGAGGGGCGAGCAGGAGAAGAAGAUGAUGGCGGCGAUGGCCAGGAAGGAGGAGGUGACCAAGAAGAAGCCGUUGAGCUUCGAUCUCAACCUCCCCGCCCCGCUCUUCUAAGAUAGAUCCGGCGGUCCAGAUGCCUCCUCCGGCUUUCGUUUUUCCGCUUCUGGUUUUGUUUAUUUCUUUCGUCCUUUUUCCGCCCGACGGAUUUAUCUGCCUUCUUUGGCUUCGUGUACAGUUUAAUUAAGCGCUAUUUAGCGAGUUUUUAUCUUAUAAAAAUUGCGAAAUGUUCGUAA